AUGACGGCCCAUUCCAACAUCUAUCCGACCAAGGCCCUUCAGGAAAUCGACGCGGCCCAUCACUGGCAUCCCUUCUCGGACAUGAAAUCGCUGAAUGAGGAAGGCAGCCGCAUCGUGACGUCGGCCGACGGCGUCUGGAUCUCGGAUUCAGACGGCAAGAAAAUCCUCGACGGCAUGGCCGGGCUCUGGUGCGUUCAGGUCGGACACGGGCGCAAGGAGAUUGCCGAUGCCGUCAAUCGCCAGAUGAACGAACUCGCCUACUACAACACCUUCUUCAAGACAACACAUCCACCUGCAAUCGCGUUGUCUGAAAAGCUGGCCAAACUGGCGCCGGACCACAUCAACACCGUCUUUUAUUGUUCCUCGGGUUCGGAGGCCAACGACACGGUGUUCCGCAUGGUGCGCACCUAUUGGGACAAGAUGGGCAAGCCCGACAAGAAGGUGAUAAUCGGUCGCUGGAACGGCUAUCACGGAUCAACUCUUGCAGGCACCAGCCUGGGCGGCAUGAAAGCCAUGCAUGCCCAGGGCGAUCUGCCGGUGUCCGGUGUCCAUCACAUCGACCAGCCUUACUGGUUCGGUGAAGGCCAGGACAUGAGCCCGGAAGAAUUCGGGGUCCUUGCGGCGCGGAAGCUGGAAGAGGCAAUCGACGAAAUAGGCGAGGACAAGAUCGCCGCCUUCAUCGCCGAACCGAUCCAGGGUGCAGGCGGUGUCAUCAUUCCACCGGCAACCUAUUGGCCCGAGAUGCGCCGGAUCCUUGAGGAACGCGAUAUCCUGUUCGUCUCCGAUGAAGUUAUCUGCGGCUUCGGACGCCUCGGUGAGUGGUUCGGCUCGACACAUUUCGGCGUGAAGCCGGAUCUCAUGCCGAUCGCCAAGGGUUUGACUUCGGGGUACCUGCCGAUGGGCGGCGUGCUUGUCUCAGACCGGGUCGCGGAAGGUCUGAUGAAUUCCGGAGACGAUUUCAAUCAUGGCUAUACCUAUUCCGGCCAUCCGGUCUGUGCGGCAGCAGCGCUUGCCAAUCUGGAAAUCAUCGAGCGCGAAGGCCUGGUUGACCGCGUCAAGAACGACAUUGGCCCCUAUCUGCAAGAGCGCUGGCUGGGACUUGGCGAUCAUCCGCUGGUCGGCGAAGCCCGCAUGACCGGCCUGAUGGGCGCUUUGGAGCUUGUUCCGGACAAAACCGAUCUCAAGAAAACCUUUCCUGACACCGGUACCGUUGGAACGAUCUGCCGCGACAUCUCAUUCCAGAACAGCAUGGUGAUGCGCGCCGUCCGCGACAGCAUGAUCAUCUCGCCGCCACUGGUCCUUAGCCACGAGGAGGCCGAUUUCUUGGUCGAGAGUGCGGAAAAGACGCUGAACGACACCUAUCAGACGCUCAAGAAGGAUGGCUGGCUGGAAUAG